AAGAACGAGAUUGUUCAGAGUAGAAUACGAUCUCACGCUGCCCUAUCACAGCUCCAUAAGCCAUGCCAGGUCUCAGCACCCAGCCUUCUCUUCCCGUAAUUAUCCGACCCAAGAACAUCUGAGCAAGUAUGGCAACGCCGAGCACAAUUCAAACUACAGAAACUCAAAACAUCACCACUCUAAUCACCGUCCCUACGUCCAUGGUGAUGGUGUCCGUGAUGACCACCUCCCCACUGUUGCUGCUGCUCAUGCUGAUGAUGCUUAUUCACCUCAUGCUUUCCAAAGUCCUCAAGCUUGCUCCCUGCAAAAGCGCCCACGCCGGCAGCCAGCAGCGAGCCCAUGAUGCCCGUACCACCCAUCUUGUGAGCCGCGAACCCGGCCGCCGCACCACCUGCGAGGCGAGGGCGAGCCAUAAGUGUGCUGGGGAGGGGGUUGGUAGCCGCCCUGGGGUUGGUAUGGGGAGUGCGAAGGAGGAUAGCCGCCCUGCUGGGAGUAGUCGGGUGGUCCUUGGUAGCCCUGCUGUUGGUAGCCACCUGGCGCAGGAGACUGAUAGUCACGGUUGCCGCCGCCAGCACCAGAGUAGUAGUCGUUGGCGGACAUGAUCAAGAUAAGGGGAGUGGAGGUUUGGUAGGAGAAAUUGGCUUUGUUUGUUUGCUGUAUCUGUAUAUUGAUGUGG